CCCCUGCAUCGCUUGCGCACGCGCAUAAGUAUCCCUCUUUUCUCGUGGUCGAACAAGUGACAAGCCAUCAUGUCGUCUGAUCUGCAGUGGUCAAUCAUCAGAAACAAUAGCUGUUUCUUGGUCAGGAGCCAGGGAAAGACCCUCACCAAGGAGCCCAACAAUGUCACUGGCCUAAAUGCCUUCAAGUACAAUGGCCUUGUCAAUAAAAAGGUUGUUGGUGUUGAUGCCGCCCCCAGUGGAAAGGGUGUGGUUAUCACUACUCGCAAGAACAAGGCUGCCAACAAGCCAGGCAAAAUCAUGAACAAGAUCACCAUCAGUCGUGACUCUCGUCGCACUCUCAAGACCAUUGAGGGUGUGUGUGACAAGAACUACUACCGCAUGGACCUCAAAGACCCUGCCAUGCGUCGUGCCUGUGCUAUCUUGCGUAGCCAGAAGCCCACUGCAGGGGUCCAGAAGAAGCGAUCCCGCAGAAAGCGUAACUAGAAUGUUACUGAAUUCUCUAAAGCAAUAAACAGCUAAUUGUUGUUA